AACAGGAACGCAGCCCAAAGAUGUUAUUCAUGGCCCGAAUCUGCCCAAUGGAGAAACUAGAGAAGCCACACAAACGGACUGUGAUUAUGAAGACAUCCGCACACUUGAUCAUCCUGACCAUAGUCUGGUCCUUCCAGGAUUUGCUGAACAUGACGCCUCUGUUUAUGCUCUAGCACAAUUACCCAGCAGCCCCUCUGACAAUCUCACUUACUCCAGCAUCAAAUUUACAGCUACACAUCUUUCAGACAGGACUUCUGAUGGGCAGGAAACAUGUGACUAUGCAACUGUUAGACCAUAAAAGACAGAGGACAUUCACGGAGACCACGUUAAACCUGAAUCACACCAAACUGAGAAUGCUUCUCACUCACUUUGUGAUUUUAAACCUGUGGCCUUAACAUUAUUUUGGAUAAGUUAGUAUUUGAGAGAUAAGAUUGUUUGACAUACGUUUGGUUACAUUACUGUUUUUCUGUUAUUUAUUCAUACCCACAAGUCCUUUAGUAUUGCAGUACAUAGUGACAAAUUAAAUGAGUGGAGAAAAGCAAUGUGGUGCAUUAAUAAAAGUUCAAGUUAAAAUCAGAAUGAAAAGUAGUUUAACAAAGAGUAACUGACAGGUUGAAAUGUCUGUGUGAUCUAAUUAAUAUUUUUGAUAUAGUUGCUGUUAUCCAUGCCCUUCCAGUCUAAAUAUCAAUAACUGUGCAAAUAUAUAUAUAUAUAUAUCCCAGUCAACAAUUUGGUCAAAGUGCACUCACUGCACAGAGACUAGGUACCCAGCAUGCAUUGCAGCAUGAAGCUUUUGACUGUCACCAUUGUCUCUCUUUGUGUUUAAAUGACACCAUAAUUCAAAAUGUUUGUGACUUAUGCUUUUAAAAACAUUCAUAUGUUACACUGUUUGACCCUAUACUGUAUAAUCAAAAAGCUGUUAUAAUUAAAACACUCAGAUUAAUAACUCCUCACAAAGACUGCAUACUGAAUCUAAGUGAUGAUUUUGUUGUUAUCAGCAACAAGCCAAUAUUACCUGGUUGCAGUCUCUUUUGGGUGUUACUUGCCAUAACAAAUAUGCUUUACAAACAGAGUUACAGCAGCCCAAAAAAAAUAUAAUGUUAUAAAGUCAAGGGUCAAGAGCCCAACUAAAGCAAACACUAAUCACUUUGAUGGUAACGUCAAACGAAACAAUAAAACAUCUAAUUCUCAAUAAGCACUUUUGUAGAUAUCAGAAAUAAAGUCAGUCUGGUUAGUAAUGAGUGGAGCUGGUGAUGCUGUUUGUGGAGUUGUUUAAUCAUUCUCUGCUGAGAUCAUGAGAGAUUUAAUGUAUUCUUUUAUUUCAGUUGAUUUCAUCGAAGGCUGUGUCUGGAAGUCAGUUGUAUGUUUGGAGAAGGUUCUUAUAACAGAAAUCUGUUAGCUGGGUGUGCACUCAUGAGCUCAUCAUGUGAGAGCACUGUGAUAUCUCUGUGAUAGUGUUGAGAAACAGGAAGUAGAAUGUCCCCCAGCGACUGAUAUUUGAACUGCCUCCUCUCCACCUGCUCAUCAUUUUGAAUUCACAAUGAGCUCAUAUAUUACUCACACUGUGAGGAUCACUGUAUGAGAAUGGCGUGAUGUCACUGUGAUCAUCACAUGAUCUCACGUGUUGACUGGGAUAUAUAUCACAUUUUCAUCUAAGUGUGUGAAUACUGUUUGGAUAUAUCUUUAUAAUUUAGACUGAUUAAGUUAUUGCUGUAGUCAGUAAUCUCACACAUAUAUAAGGCCCCUAUUUCACCAGCCUUUAAAAAAAAGGCAUAGCAAGAUAAGGCAAUUUAUUGAUGGGUAUUUGUUGAUGAUUAGCCUUAAUUCAGUAGAUCCCAAUAUUGCUCUGCAGUCUCAUCAUUAAUUAUUCAUGAAAAAAAAACAAAAAACUGCUAAUCAAUAAAAAUUGUACUUAACAUUUCCUGCUUCAUGUAUAUGCACAGUUGAAUAUACUUAAUAUUCGAGUAUUUUCGAUGCGCACCUAAACAGUGUGACAGUGGAAUAUCGGCGCCCCCUGCAGGUCGAAAGCGAAAGCGCAGUUCUUGACGGGUCGUCCUCUGUGAGAAAGAGGCUUGUAGGGGAAGACACGAUAUAAAGUGAAACUAAUGGAAGCACCAGAGAGCUGCGGGACAGUAGCUAAUGAUCCGGAAGUCUUACACAUUACAAGAAAACAGCUUGCUACCGCAUUGAAAAAUAACGUGGAUACAAGACCAAGGUAGACAAGAUGGCAUCUGUUCCAGAGCAGCUUUUGGAAGCAGUGGAUGAGUUGGAUAAAAACAAACCAAAGAGACAUAAAAGUGCAGUUACGGCUGAUGAAAAGAAGGCGGAUGGAGAGGAUGAGUCAAUGCAGAUGAUUAGCCCCUCUCAAACUUCAGUCAGUGUUGAUCUGAAUGCUGAAUCAGGUGCAACUGUAAACGCUCCUGUACUCACUGGAAAUGUCAUCCAAGGCUCAGUAAUCAUCAGCUUCAACUCAGCCACUGGUGCUGUCGGGCCCCAAAAUCCACCCAAAGGACAGAUGUCUCAGAAACAAGAGGAUGACAUCUUGCAAAAAAUCCUGGAAAGUCACAAAGACAACAUAAAGGCCAAAAUGGGUCGCGUGUUUGAGGGCAAAAAGGACAACAAAACACACCUCAGCAAAGUUUUCACUGAACUCUUCAUCACUGAAGGGGACAUUACAGACGUCUAUGAUGAACAUGAGGUUCUGAAGUUUGACCGAGCUUUGAAAACUCCCAAAUUUGAGGACACACCGAUCGACUGCAAUGACAUAUUCUGUUUACUGAAGCAAAAAGAGGAGGGAAAUAUUGUGCUGACCAAAGGCAUCGCUGGCAUCGGAAAGACGUUCUCUGUGCACAAGUUCAUCCUGGACUGGGCCGAAGGAAAAGCCAAUCGGCAUGUAGACUGUGUGUUUGUGCUCCCAUUCAGAGAGAUGAACUUGAUUAAAGAUGAUACAGAGAUCAGUCUCCAUGAGCUUCUGUUGGAAUUUUAUCCUGAUUUGAAUGAUGUGGAAAACACCAAGUUUUAUAAAAAAUGCAAACUGGCAUUUAUCUUUGAUGGACUUGACGAGAGUCGCCUGGAAUUGGACUUUGAUUGUAAAUUAGUAAAAUGUGUCAAUGCGCGGUCAUCUGUUGAUGUUUUAUUUACAAGCCUAGUUAUAGGGAAACUGCUUCCAUCGGCUCUUGUCUGGGUGACGUCACGACCAGCAGCAGCCAAUCUGAUCCCUCCUGAGUAUGUAGGAUUGUUUACGGAGGUGCGCGGAUUCACCGAUCAGCAGAAGGAGGAGUAUUUUAGAAAACGGAUUGUAGAUGAAGCUCAAGCCUCCAGAAUAAUCUCGCACAUCAGGACAUCUCGUAGUCUCUACAUCAUGUGCCACAUCCCUGUCUUCUGCUGGAUCACGGCCACUGUUCUUCAGGAUAUUCUUAUCAAAAAUGAGGGGCAGGACAUUCCUUCGACCCUCACAGAAAUGUACAUCCAUUUCCUUCUGAUACAGAUGAACAUGAAGAACCAGAAGUAUGAGAAGAAACAGGAAAGAGAUCGUACAAAGCUUUUGAGUUCAAACAAAGACAUGAUCGCCAAGUUGGCUAAACUUGCAUUUGAACAACUGAAGGAGGAUAAUGUCAUGUUCUAUGAGAAGGAUCUGAAAGCGUGUGGCAUUGAUGCAAACGAGGAGUCCACAGGAUUGUGCGCUGAAAUUUUCAAGAAAGAUUCUGUUCUGCAUGAGAUGAAGGUGUAUUACUUUAUACAUUUGAGUGUGCAGGAGUUUCUCGCUGCAUUGCAUGUGUUCCUCUGCUAUUUGAAGCUGGACAUGGACGAGCUGAAGUUCUUCCUGGAGAAUUCGCAUCCUAAUAAGAAAGAACUGCUGUACGUUCUGCUGCGGAAGGCAAUCGAUAAAGCGAAGGAGAGUGACCGAGGACAUUUCGAUCUCUUUUUGCGGUUCUUGCUGGGCAUUUCUCUCGAGUCCAAUCAGAAACUCCUCAUCGGCUUGCUAGACGAAACACUGAACAGUAAAAACUGCAUCAAUAAAACAAUCCAAUACAUCAAGCAACUGCAAAACAAUGACAAGUGCCCAAAUAAAUCCAUCAACCACUUCUUCUGCAUCCUGGAGCUGCAGGACAGGACCCUGUACCAACAAAUCAUGAAAUAUCUGAGGUCAGAGAGCAGCCAGCCGAAAGCGGUGUCCAACUCCAACUGCUCAGCACUGGUCUAUGUGCUCCUGAUGUCAGGCGAGGUGCUGGAUGACUUCAGCCCGAAGAUGUUCAACACAACAUAUGCAGGAUGCAGGAGACUGGUCCCAGCCGUGAGAUGCUGCAGAAAAGCCCUGUUUUCAGACUGUGGACUGACACAACAGUGCUGUGAAACAGUAGCUGUGGCUCUUCAGCUAGAGGACUGUCCUCUGAGCGAACUGGACCUGAGUCACAAUUACAGCAUUGAGGCAGGAUUGAAGGUGCUUUGUGCUGGACUGAAGAGCCCACACUGUCAUCUGGAGACACUCAGGUUGGCCCAGUGUCAUUUCGGCCAGGAGAGCUGUAUGGAGCUGGUCUCAGCUAUUCAGAAUAUCUCACAUUGUCUAAGAGAACUUGACCUCUGUGGCAAUGACCUGAAGGACUCUGGACUCCAUAAGCUUCUACAAUUGAUGGAAAACACAGAGAGAAAACUUCAGGUUCUGAGCUUGAGCUGGUGUAACCUCACUACAAAGACUUGUGAGCACCUUUCCUUGAUCCUCAGCUCAAAUUCACCUCUGAGAGAGCUGGAUCUGAGUAACAAUGACCUGCAGGAUUCAGGAGUGAAGCUGCUCUCUGAUGGACUGAAGAGUCUAAACUGUCAGCUGGAGAUACUGAGGUUGUCUGGGUGUAUGGUGACAGAGGAAGGCUGUGGUUAUUUGUCUUCAGCUCUGAGUUCAAACCCCUCACACCUGAGAGAGCUGGAUCUGAGCUACAAUCAUCCAGGACAAUCAGGAGUCCAGCUGCUCAACCACAAACUGGAGGAUACAAACUAUAAACUGCAGAUACUCAAAACUGACCCUAUGGGUGAACACUUCAUCAAAGCAGGGAUAAGGAAGUAUGCCUGCGAUCUCACACUGGAUCCAAACACAGCUCAUGUUCAGUUGUGUCUCUCCAAUGGAGACAGAACAGCAGCAUAUGUAAUGCAGAAGCAGCCGUAUCCGGAUCAUCCAGAGAGAUUUGAAUCUUUCCGACAAGUGCUGUCUAGAGAGAUCCUGUCUGGUCGUUGUUACUGGGAGGCCGAAUGGACGGGUCAAGAGGGGACGGUCGGGGUGACACACGAAAACAUCCUGAGGAAAAGUGAUGAUCUUUGUAUAGUAGAGGCCACCGGUCAGCUUGGAAACAAUGAUGUGUCAUGGAAAAUUACCUUUGCAUCUUUUCCAUAUGUUUCUCACGCUGAAGAAGACAUUAAUAUAAAGGCUUCAUCCUCUUGUUCAUCUAAAAGAGUCGGUGUGUUUGUGGACACAACGGCUGGCGUUUUGUCCUUCUACAGCAUCUCUGACACACUCACACACUUAUACACCUUCCUCGCGGCUUUUAAAGAUCCUCUCUAUGCAGCAUUCAAGGUGGACAGUGACUCUGUGUCCUUUUGUCAGAUGUAACCUGAAAGCCUCUUUAUUUUACCAUUUAUGUGCACAUUUAUUUCCAUCUUGUUCAUCUCUGUGUGACUGAGUACAACAUCAGUUCAAAUUUGAUGAGAUUUUAUGCAGGUAAAUGCAAAGGUUUCACAUGUUUUACUGUAAAUAACAGCCGAACCACAUGUUCAGAAAUGAUUUGAUUACUGCUCUUGGAUUUGCCUUUUUAGACAUGCAAAAGCUGACUUUUUUUUAUUAAAAUGCCUUAUUUUUGUUAUGCUUAAAAUCUCAUUUAAGUCUUACUUUUUCACUUCGUUAACCUCGAUGAUGUCUAUAGAUACUUUGGCAGCAAAGCAAUUCAUGUAGCUGUAGGAGAUUAUCAAUUUAUAUAAAUAUGUAAACAUUGUGAAAUUAAUUGCAUUAACAUGGGGAAAAGCUCCUUUACUGCAUUUACUGGUUUGUUUAUUUAUUGAGAUCUGAAAAUAAAUAACUAAAACAACUGAUCACUUG